CCUACAGCUCCGAAAAACAUUUAAGUACACAAUAAUAAUAAAAUAAUUGGUGAUAAUAUACUGACGCCUACGAUCUAAAUUAAUACCAAUGGCGGUGACGAAGAGAAUUGUGGUCGCAGGCGGCAGCGGAUUUCUAGGCUCUAGAAUAUGCAAAUCAGCUGUGACUCGAGGAUGGGAUGUAGUAUCAUUGAGUCGACACGGUGAACCAGCCUGGGAAACUAUUACCUCGUCCUCGCAUGCGCCACGGUGGGCGAAGUCUGUUGAAUGGGCAAAAGCCGAUAUUCUAAAACCCGCCACCUAUAAGCCGUUCCUCAAAGAAGCGUCCGCGGUCGUCCAUUCCAUGGGAAUACUUUUAGAAGCGGAUUACAAGGGCAUUGUACAAGGGAGAGAAUCAGUAAUUAGUGGACUACAGAAAUUGUUCGCAUCCUCUAGGCCCGGAAGCCAAAAUCCGCUACAAAGGCAAGAGGGAGAAGAAUUGAUAGCCAAAGAAGCAGGUGGCCAAUUGACAUAUGAGCUCAUGAAUCGGGACUCUGCUGUCGCUCUCGCGCAAGAAGCCUCCUACGAGCAUGUUCCGACCUUUGCCUUCAUAUCAGCUGCAGCCGGAGCUCCAGUAGUUCCGGAAAGAUACAUCACGUCAAAAAGGGAUGCCGAGGCUCUCGUAUCUUCCAACCUCCCUGGCCUCCGCAGUAUUUUUAUAAGACCGACUUUCAUGUACGAUUCAUCGCGCAAGCUUACAUUACCCAUUGCGCUGGGCGGGAUCGUAGGAUCGGAAGUGAACGCGCUUCUUGGAGGAAGGCUCUCGUUUUUGGGAAUGAUGACUGCAAAGCCGCUAAACGUCAAUAUUGUGGGCGAGGCUGUCGUGGAGGCAAUUGGUGAUGAUGAUGUCCAAGGUGUUGUAGGACCCAAAAAGAUUGAGACGUUAGCAACGAAGGGUUGGAGAAGAUCUAUGCUUUGAUCUGGGGCCAUUGCCUUUCUCCUUUGAAUCCGGUGUUGCGGAGAAAGACGAUUCUCUUCUCGCUUGUACAAUAAAUAUUCUCUCAAAUCAUGGUACCCCGUUCGAAACUGUCUCGAAUUUCCGCAGUAUACUAAACAAUAAAAGUUAGCAAGAAGUACUGUUUAUAAAAUACGCCUCCAACGCACCUUGUUAUAAAACCUCGCCAAUUGUUGGUUGAAUUUCUUAUUCUGGUCAUUGAUGUAGGUAACAUCAUCCUCUUCGUCGCCCCGGCCGCGGUCCUUACGUUUCUUCAGGCGAAUCUCCUCUGCUUUUCUCAAGUCCGCCACCAAUCUAUCAACCGCGGCGCGGUCUGGUUUGUUCUCCGCGAAAUCUACUGAAUCGGCCGUAGAGUAGAAGGUGCCAUUUUUAUCAACCGCAACAAGCUCGCCAUCUUCUGCUUCCACUAUCUGUAGUCCACCGCUUGCGGCAGCUUUUUCCACGGCCAAAAUUUUCUCCUUUUCAUACGCCUCAAGGUCUGGCUGCAUUUGCCUCAUCUGCCUCUUGUAGAUCUUUCGGGCAUCUUGGCGAUAGUCUUGGAAAGCGGUAUCGUCCCUGUGUCUCUGUUUCUUUUCCAU